GCCCGCCCACUACACCACGUCAGAUGAAACUGACAAGAACUUGUUGUGAGUUGAGUCUGGUCACAAUAUUGCUGAUAGCUUCGAAAUCUGCAUCAGUAAGGCUUUGAAUGAUCAGGUGUUGUGAGAAUUUUGUGGUCUAACAUUUCCAGUGUCAACAACGAGGUCAGAAAACGCAACGUCAGUGUCUUCAGCGUAAGAGAGCGGAAGCCGGAAGAAAGUCCUGCGCGCGCAUCUUGGCAGAGGCAGUGAAGUGACAUGGCAGCAACCUUUGGACCACAUCAGAUAUUUUUCUAGUAGGAGCUGCUUCUGCAUUAAUGACAUCACAAGGUUACAGGCUUAUGGAAGACACCACAACAAUAAACAUGGAUGAAAUCCCAUUGCUUAUCAUUGGAAAAACUGGAAAUGGUAAAAGUUCUCUGGGAAACGUAAUACUGGGAAAAGCCAAGUUCCAAGUGUCAACCAGCAUGGCUUCAGAAACCAAACAAAUGUCUGAAGCUGUGGACGUGGUGAAUGGAAAGCAAAUUAAGGUAAUCGACACUCCUGACCUAGUUAACCUCGACCUUAGUGAUGCAGAAAUUUAUGAACAUGUUUCCCACUGGAAGUCUCAUGCUGUGGGUAAGUUCGCCAUCUUGCUGGCGGUGAGGUGUGACGUGCGCUACACGGCGGAAGAAUACGACAUCUACAGGAAAAUGAAGAGAGCAUGGGGAGACAACUCAUUCACAAGCCACCUGGUGGUGGUCUUCACGUUUGGAGACAGACAGGACAGAGACAUUCACGAGGAGCUGAAGACAGUUUGCUGGGAACUGCGCAGUGUCCUGGCUGAUGCUGGGAACCGCUAUGUCCUCUUCAACAACCGGGAUCUUAACAGUGGACCUCGGGUACGGCAGCUGCUAGAUAUCGUGGACUCCAUCGCACAACCACCUUCUCCCCCCAGCCCAUAUCUGAUGGGAUUUGUGUUAUUCCUCAUCAUUGUUGUCAUUGCUCUUUGGUUUGGUCUUCCUUGGAGAUAUGACAAAUUGAAAACUCCAGUGUUUUUAGUUAUCUUUGUCAUGAUUCUUGUUGGCACCAUCGGCUUUGUUUACAGAAGAAGAUUAGUCACCUAUAUAAGCUUCGCCAUGCUAAUCUAAGUCUUUCCCAUCAUUUUGUUCUCAUCCUGUCUCCGCUAAAAGUACUAACAUUUAGUUCAAGAUGACACUUAGUGGAAUAGUUUAUGUCACUUAUGAGCUUAUUAUAAUUAUAGCGAGGGCGCUUCGCACAUUGUGUUGUCACCUAAAAGCCAUUUUUUAAUACUUAAAACUAGCAUUUAAGAGCUAGAGAUGCUAAUGUUAUAGCAGUACAGGUAGAUUUGUUUCGAAUAUUGUAACAUAUUAUUUAAGCAGCGAUUUUAUUUGACUUAUAAUUAGUAACAUAGUUAUUCCAUUCAUUUACUUCCAACUCAUUGUCCUUCAAUGCAGAAGUUUGGGUAAAUAGGUUAUGUUAAUAGAUUUAACACACUUUUUUAUACUUUGUUAAUCAGAAUAUCCCUUAAUACACUAGUAUUUGUGAGGGUUGUGGAUGUUUUACAAAGAGGACUGUGACUGUGAAAGAGUGGUAUUUACUACAGAUUGUAAAAACUACAGUGUACUCUGUAUAAGUUAAGAAAUCUUAUCGCUACAUUUCUGAACAAAAGC